CCUAACCUUUAACUUUUUAUUCUCAUUCUCCAUCUCUCCACACAACAAAAACCCUCUCAACCCAAUCACAAAUCACAAUCCCUUUCCCCGCUUCUUAAUUUCAAAGAGGGGAAGAAAAAAAGAGGCAAAAGGGUUUUCAAAAUCUGAGCUUGUGAUUAUAGAAACACAAGGUGGUUAAUUAUUUAAGAAUGAAGCGUGCUCUCUCCAGCGACACGGUGGAGGAUAACAAGAUGAAAAGGGCAAAGCUUAAAGAAGAAAGUGAGGGGGAAAAGACACGUGGCAGCGUGUACCUCGACGACAACGUUUUGUUCGAAGUGUUGAAACACGUGGACGCGCGGUCGUUGGCGAUGGCGAGUUGCGUGAGCAAGCAGUGGCACAAAACGGCACAGGAUGAGAGACUCUGGGAACUCAUCUGCACCAAACAGUGGGCAAACACAGGGUGCGGUGAGCAACAGCUAAGAUCCGUGGUCCUCGCACUAGGUGGCUUUCGUCGCCUCCACGCGCUUUACCUUUGGCCUCUUUCCAAGCCCCACGCUCCUUCUCUCCCGGCUUUCCCGCGCGUGCUUCGCUCCAACCCUCGUUUGGGGAAAGACGAGGUUCACCUCUCCCUCUCCCUCCUCUCUAUUCGCUACUACGAGAAAAUGAAUUUCAAUAACAGAAAUAACAGAUGAAUUCGUGAGUUUUUAGUUUUCCCUUAUGUUUCAGUUGCUCUGUUUUCAUUCGGGUUUUGUUUC